AUGGCUAACGAUGCCGUUCACUGGCUGGCCGCCAGGGACGAUGCGAGCGACAUCAAGGACACCACGCCGUCCCUGUCUGGCUUGAUUACCGUCCUAGUCCCCGCCCUCAUCUCCUUCGUUGUGAUGGUCUUGCUUUUCAUCAUCCUACGUAAGAGCAAUCGCAGAAUGUAUAUGCCUCGAACAUAUAUUGGAUACCUCCGUCCCUGGCAGCGCACCCCCGACUCUCCAACCGGAUCAUGGGACUGGAUCAAGGCCAUGUACCAGCUACCCGACACCUAUGUUUUGCAGCAUCACUCCAUGGAUGCCUACCUUAUGCUUCGUUUCCUCAAACUGUGCUCCGUCAUCCUGUUUGUGGGCUGCUGUAUCACUUUCCCCAUUUUGUGGCCCGUCAAUGCCACAGGUGGGAACGGAAAGGUCCAACUGAACCUUCUGAGCAUUUCGAAUAUUCAUGAGUCUCAGUACGGUCGUUAUUACGCACAUUGUUUCCUCGCCUGGAUCUUUGUCGGGUUCAUCUUCUUUAUGAUCACCCGCGAGCAUCUGUUCUACAUUAACCUGCGCCAGGCCUAUCUUUUCUCUCCCGCCUACGCUAGCCGUAUCUCCUCCCGCACCGUGCUGUUCACCGCCGUUACCCAGGACCUCUUGAACAAGGACAAGCUGCGCACCAUGUUCGGCCGCGACAAGGUAAAGAAUGUGUGGAUCGCAACGGAUACCAAGGAGCUCGAGGAGAAGGUCAAGGACCGUGAUGCCGCUGCGAUGAAGCUCGAGGGUGCCGAGACCAAGCUCAUUGUGCUUGCCAACAAGGCGCGCAACAAGGCUCUGAAGAAGGGUGGCUCAGCUGAGAACCCCGAGACUGAUAUUGCCGCGGGCCAAUUCGAUGAUGAGUCUGGCUCUGUCGCUGCUCGUUGGGUCGAGGCUAAAAAGCGCCCCACGCACCGCCUCAAGAUGCUUAUUGGCAAGAAAGUCGACACCAUCAAUUGGGCUCGUUCGGAGAUCGAGCGCCUCUCUCCCGAAAUUGAAGAAUUGCAGGCCAAGCACCGUGCUGGAGAAACUAAGCUGGUCUCUUCCGUCUUUGUCGAGUUCUACCAUCAAGCUGAUGCCCAGUCUUCCUACCAGUCUGUGGCCCACAACCUUCCCUUGCACAUGAGCCCUCGCUAUAUUGGCUUAGAUCCCACCCAGGUUAUCUGGUCCAACCUCCGUAUCAAGUGGUGGGAACGCCUUGGUCGCCAUACCGCCACCAUUGCCUUUGUCUGUGCUAUGAUCAUUUUCUGGGCCAUCCCUACGGCAGUCGUUGGCGCCAUCUCCAACAUUGACUCUCUGACCAAGAUUGUUCCUUUCCUGAAGUUCAUCGACAGCGUUCCGUCGUGGAUUAAGGGUGUCAUUACUGGCCUCUUGCCCACUGUCAUGAUGGCUGUUCUUAUGGCACUGGUACCUAUCAUUCUUCGCUUGAUGGCCAAGUUGGGAGGUGCUCCUACUCUCGCUGCCGUUGAACUGACCGUCCAGAACUGGUUCUUCGCUUUUCAGGUUGUUCAGGUCUUCUUGGUGGUGACUGUUGCCUCGUCGGCCGCCAGUGUCGUCGAUAGUAUCAUCAAGAACCCCACUUCGGCUGCAUCGCUGCUGGCCCAGAAGAUCCCCACUGCGUCCAACUUCUAUAUUUCCUACAUUAUCCUACAGGGAUUGUCUUUCAGCGCCGGCGCUCUUCUCCAGAUAGUUGGCCUGAUCCUCAGCAAGGUCCUCGGCCGUUUGCUCGAUAGCACCCCUCGUAAGAUGUACACUCGUUGGUCAAGCUUGGCUGGUCUCGGAUGGGGCACUGUCUACCCUGCUUUCACCUUGUUGACCGUUGUUGCAAUCGUCUACUCCUGCAUUGCUCCGCUCGUUAUGGGAUUCGGUGCUAUUGGUCUCUACCUGUUCUAUUUCGCCUACCGCUACAACCUGUUGUACGUGUCGAACGCAACCAUCGACACCCAGGGCAGGUCCUACACCCGUGGUCUGCAACAACUAACUGUCGGUUGCUACCUGUCCAUGGUUUGCCUGAUUGGUCUCUUCGCCAUUGGCACCGGUGCCAACAGAAUGGCUCUCGGUCCCCUGAUCCUCAUGAUUAUCUUCUUGAUCUUUAUAAUCCUGUACCACCUCUCGAUGAACAGCGCCAUGGAGCCUCUUCUCAACUACUUGCCCAAGAACCUCGAGGCUGAGGAGGAGGGUCUGCUUGCCGCUGAGAAGGCCAACAACCUCAGCACUCUGAACGAGAAGUCUAAGACCGACGACCUCACUGCGCCCAGUGGCUCCAUUUCGGCCCACCGCGACAGCGGUAUCGCCAACAGUGACAAUGGCCUCGGCAACGUCGACUCUGCCGAGAAGGGUCUCACCCAGACCUCGGUACCACCGCCCAAGCCGAACUUGUUCACCAAGUUCCUACGCCCAGACUUGUAUCAAAACUACCACGAGAUGCGCAAGUUGGUCCCCGGCGCUACAGACAUUGUCACUUACCCCGCUGAGGCCGAGCGUGACGCCUACUGCCACCCGGCCAUCAACUCGCAGCCCCCUCUUCUCUGGAUUCCCCGUGAUCCCCUUGGAGUCAGCUCCCAGGAAGUUGCGCACACGAUGCGCGUCAUCCCCAUCACGGACGAGGACGCGUAUCUUGAUGAGAACUGCAAGAUCAAAUGGAAUGAGGAGAAGGGCGAGCCUCCCAUCUACGAGGAGAAGAUCGCCUACUAA